UCAUUAUUUUUAUAUCAUUUUCACUACAUCAAAAACCUAAUUUAAAUUUUUAAUGACCUCCAAAAUUAGUGAAAUUCCUCUGGCUAUGUUUGACACACUUCUUCGAGCGUACGUUGCAAAAAAUCCCGUUUGAAGUGUGCUGACGGCGUAUUUUUACCUCCAAAGGUUGGAGUAGCUCUCAAGUUAUCGCUUUGUGACCGUUGAACAUAAGUUAAUUUAAGUAAUAUUGAAAGGAAGUUUUAGUAAAAUAUCGGAUGAAUAGUUAGAACUCGUAUUCUCAGGGAUACUGCCACCUAUUAUAUAGAUAGCCGAUGUUAACGAAGCAGAAUUGGAACAUUCAAAUCUUCUAAUCUUAGUUACAUUAAAUAAUUAUAUUUAUGUACAUAAUUCACUUCCAUUGAUUAGGUACCUCAUUUCAUGUACGCAGCUUAACAAAAAGCACACAAAGGGUGACAAAACGAGUUGAAGAUUAUUAGGUAUAGAGUAAUUUUCAAAUAAACUAGAUAUAGAUAAAAGUUGGAUAGCCUGACCCAGAACAUAAGGUAUUGGUUGCGUUAGAAUAUAAUGGAAGAAGAGGAACCAGCUACAUUGACUGAUCAGUUCGAUAAGUUCGCGAAACUGUUCGACAACGACCGAGACGGGACAACUAUUGAUUUGUACCGAAGCGAUUAUUGGUUGCGCCAGAGCAAUGUCUUGGAAGACAGAGCACUUACUAUGACUGAUACGGGAAUCGCAUGGAUGAAAUUCAGCAAAACAGAGCUAACUUACGACGAAUGGUCUCAAGUAUUAGCAGAUGUCUGUACAAGCAGAGGAUUAGAUCGCGCCUCUGUAGAAGCUGCGUUAACUAACUGCGGAUUACCAGGUAGUGUAAACGUGAAUGUGCCCCAAUACCGGGAUCUGUUCGAUACCGUCAAGCCACCUCCUAAGCUCUUAUACUAGAGACGUCUGUGUUCCUCAUUAAAAAUCUUAUUAGCUGCAAUGUACUAAUAUGAUUAUCAAA